GUUGUGACCAACAUCUGUCCCAACCAGCAGCUGGAGAACGACCUGAACGAGAUGGAUGUCAAGAUGGGUCUGCUGCUGAAGGACAAGACCACCCGGCAGGAGGCGGGGUCCCACAGCGUGAUGAUGAACAAGCAGAGAGGAGGCCAGGAGGCUCUCAGCAAGCUGGAGGCCUACCAGCAUCUCUUCUACCUUUUACAGACCAAGCCGACAUACCUGGCCAAGCUGAUCUUCCAGAUGCCAGAUGUUAAAUCUAAAGAGCUAAUGAACUCUUUCUUCUCAACCUUGUAUAACAACGCCUUGAACCAGCGGGAGGAGUACCUGCUCUUGGAUUUCUUCAAAACCGCUUUGCGGGAACAAAUCAUGUCAAAGGUGGACCAGAUGAAGGAGAUGAUCACAGGAAACCAAACCGUAAUCAAUAUGGUGGUGAGCUUCCACCGAGGCACACGAGGACAGAAUGCACUGAGGCAGAUCCUGGCACCUGUGGUCAGGGAGAUCAUGGAGGACAAAACGCUAAACAUCAAGACGGACCCAGUGGACAUCUACAAGAGCUGGGUGAACCAGAUGGAGAGCCAGACUGGAGAGGCCAGUAAGCUGCCUUAUGACGUCACUCCAGAACAAGCCAUGUCUCACGAAGAGGUGAGGACGAGACUGGAGGCCUCCAUCAAGAACAUGAGGACCAUCACUGACAGAUUUUUGUCUGCCAUCAUAGUCUCGGUGGAUAAAAUUCCAUACGGAAUGCGGUUCAUCUCCAAGGUGCUGAAGGACACUCUCCAAGAGAAGUUCCCAGAUUCUACAGAGGAUGAGCUGCUCAAGAUUGUAGGGCACCUUUUGUAUUACCGCUACAUCAACCCUGCCAUUGUGGCACCUGAUGCCUUCGACGUUAUUGAGGUGUCCGCUGGUAGUUGGAUUACAACCGAACAAAGAAGAAACCUGGGUUCUGUGGUCAAGCUCCUUCAGCACGCUGCGUCCAACAAGAUGUUCCUGGGAGACAACGCUCACCUUAAUCCCAUCAAUCAAUAUCUCACCACCUCCUACCAGAAGUUCAGGCGCUUCUUUCUGGCUGCAUGCGACGUUCCAUCACUUGAAGAUAAAUUCAGCGUGGACCAGUACUCGGACCUGGUCACAGUCACCAAACCUGUCAUCUACAUAUCUAUUGGAGAGAUCAUAAACACUCACACUCUGCUGCUGGCCCACCAGGACGCCAUCGCUCCCGAGCACAAUGACCCCAUCCAUGAGCUGCUGGAGGACCUGGGCGAGGUUCCGACUGUGGAGUCGCUCAUUGGCGAGAGGAGUGGAGACGAACAAAGAACCAGUAAAGAUGUGAGCACUGGAACCCUGGAGGGGGAACAGGGAGGAGACGAGGACAGUGCAGACAGGUGAGGGACGACGUCAGGGACGGUAAGGAGAAGCUGGAGAGCAAAACACCAGGAAGUUUAUGGAAUGGGACGAGAAGCAUCACAAAGACCGUGGCGGUGACAAGUCAGAGCUGUUCUUUAACAGGUUUGAUGAUGGGGACACCUCCCACCCCUCACCCACUACUUCAACACCUCCAGGGGUCGACGCACCGUCCUCCCUGUGGCCGUUAAACUCUUCAGCUCCUCCUCCUUGUCUCUUCGGACAACUGAGCCUGGUUCUGGUUCUGCUGGAGGUUCUCCUCCCUGUUAAAGGGGAGUUUUCCUCUCC